UUAUUUGUUUACAAUUUCCACUCAACCACAUGUCAUGUUAUGGUCCGAAGGCCGAAGGCAACGACAUAGGCUGGAGACUGUGAUCUGUAUAAAUUUUUCAGGCAUAAUUGAAAACGUACCCAUUUGAAGAUAUUUAACAGAAAUACCGAAACAUUUUCAGUGCCCAACUUUAUCAGAUUUAUUGUCAAAGCGUGCAGACAUGGGAAAAGUGAAGAAGCAGAGAAAGAGACUGCAUGAGCAGAUCGCUCAGGAACAAGAGGCACAGCCCAGUCGGAGGACAGGGAAGGAGAGAAACAGAGCAGAAGAUGACGCGUUCGUUGAUGAAAAGUUAUCUAAGAAAAUCUUGGCCCAGGCACGGAAGCAAGAAGAGGACCUGGAUGUGUCGAAUAGUGAAGAUGCUUGGCCGUCUCUGUCCAAAAAAAAAGAUUCAGGGAAGAAGGCAGUCCGCCUCGGUGGAGCUUCAGCUGCUGCUGAAUCUGAUUCAGAAGAUGAAGAUGUGACCAAGCAUUUGUUUGAAAACUUCAGCAGCUUAGAGAAGACUGUCACGGAAAUUAAUGAAGAAGAUGAGGAAGAUUUGAGAAGAUUCAUGAAUCCCAACCCAAAGGAAAGAAGGACACUUGCAGACAUUAUUUGUGAAAAGCUGGCAGAAAAGAAAACAGCAAUGACAGAAAUGAUGAGUGAAGCUCCAAUAAUUGAUGAAGAACUAGAUGAUAAUGUGAGGCAGCAUUUUAUACAGAUUGGAGAUGUCCUUUCUCACUAUCGAAGUGGAAAGCUGCCUAAAGGGUUCAAAGUAAUUCCCAGCUUCCCGCACUGGCAACAGCUGGUGGAGUUAACUAGACCAGAGAACUGGACAGCAGCCUCGGUGUAUGCAGCCACACGGAUAUUUGUGUCCAACCUGCCCAAGUACCAUUUCAAAGAAUUCUGUAAUUUGAUUCUUCUUCCAAGAAUACGAGACGACAUAGCUGAGUACAAACGGUUGAACUUUCACCUCUUUCAGGCUUUACAUAAAGCCAUCUACAAACCUGGAGAUUUUUAUGAAGGCAUUGUGCUUCCUCUGUGUGAGUCAGGAGACUGCACCUUGAGAGAGGCUUUGAUUGUUGCCGGAGUGGUCUCCCAGACCUCCAUCCCCGUCGGCUACUCUGCGGCCGCUCUCAUCCUCAUCUCCAAGAUGGAGUACAACGGCGCCAACAGCAUCUUCAUGAAAACCAUCCUGAACAAGAAGUACUCCCUGCCUCUCUCCGCCAUUGACGCUGUGGUGGAACAUUUUAUGGGGUUCCGAGAGGUGGAGGACCAGAUGCCCGUGCUGUGGCACCAGUGCCUGCUCACCCUCGUCCAGCGCUACAAGCAGGACCUCACCAAGGAGCACAAGCUUGGGAUCCUCCGACUCAUCGCCUUUCACGACCACCACGAGAUCUCGCCCGAGAUCCAGAGAGAAAUUACCUCCAGCAAGCGAAACAGAGGGGACCCUGAGCCAGAGGAUGAAGAUAUGAUGUAGACACAGGAGACUGAUUGGAUAUUUUUUUAAAUUGGCUAUUUGAUGGUGAUAGAGAUUGUAAUAAUAAAGUACAUAGAACUUGCUGUUGCGUGGGGGAUAUUUGCUGUGCAAAUGCUAUUUAUUUUUAUUGUCAUAAUAACAAGAUUUUGUGUUUUUCUCUAACAUUUUAGACCCCACUCUGGCAGAGAUGAGGGUGGAUAAUAGUUUUUAAAAAGUUGGCCCUAUGAGUAACAAAUAAAAGUUAGGGAUGUGAUGGAGGAGGCAACAUAAUGACAUCUAUACUUUGAAUAAUUCAUUCUUGAAUGAAAUGGCAUAUUGGCAGAAUUACCUUCCCAAAUUUAUCCCUUUUAGUUAAAGUAGCCGGGAAGGGCACUUUUAUCAAUUUGGAACUGUAGGAUCAUUUUUCCAGUACUGUUGGUUUGUGUGUGUGUGUGCGCGUAUGUUUGAAUGAAAGAUGGUAUCUAGAAGUAGAGCCCCUGCAAGUGUACUGUGUACAUACCUGACAUGUUCUUUGUUGCUUGUAAAGAAUUAUUUUAACUAUGAAAUUCAAAUUUCUUAAUGGUUGGAAUACAAGUGAAUAUGAAACAGAAA